CUGACAUUAAUAACUGGAAAACGGAACCCAAUUGCACCGAGACAGAUUGCAAGCUCGGGAAUGGGGGAUUCAUGCCUUACGGUAUAUCGGGCAUCAUAACGGGUGCGGCUACAUGCUUUUAUGGAUUUAUUGGUUUUGAUUGUGUGGCCACCACAGGGGAAGAAGCUAAAAAUCCGCAACGAUCCAUUCCUAUAGCAAUUGUUGCAUCGCUAACGAUCGUUUUCUUUGCCUACUUCGCCGUUUCCAUAGUACUCACUACUGUAAUACCGUACUAUUCACAAAAUCCCUCAGCACCGUUUCCACAUAUGUUCGACGUAAUAGGAUGGGAUUGGGCCAAAUGGUUCGUGACGGUCGGAGCGAUUAGCGGACUAUGCGCUAGUCUAUUAGGCUCGAUGUUUCCGCUACCGCGAGUGAUUUACGCUAUGGCUUCGGACGGACUGGUAUUCAAAUGGAUGGGCAACAUAAAUUCACGAUUCCAAACUCCAAUCAUGGGCACGCUUUCUGCUGGGCUACUUACAGGUAUUCUAGCGACGAUAUUUGAACUCAAACCAUUGGUUAACAUGAUGAGUAUCUGCACACUGCUUACAUACUCAAUUGUUGCAUCUUGUGUACUUAUCUUACGAUACGAGAAAAGCGAAGCUUACGAGAAGAAAGGCGAUCAUAAUCCACGGACUUUUGUCUUUAUCGUAAAACAAUUGGUAAGCGCAAAUAAAUUAAAUCACUCUACGAAACUUACGGCGCAGAUUGUUACCGUUCUCGUAUGCCGCUUCGUUUUUCUUUGUAUCUGUACGGCUAUAUUGUUAUCAAUGUGUAUAACAGAGAUUGUCGCAGGAAAUGCAACUUUCAUAGUGCCACUUGUAAUUUUAGUCAUUGCACUUGUGACCACCCUCGGUUUUAUUUAUUUUCAACCAGUUUCCGACAAGAAACUCGCAUUCUCGGUGCCACUAGUGCCAUUCUUGCCAGGACUCAGUAUUCUUAUUAAUAUUUAUCUUAUGAUGACAUUGGAUAAAGACACAUGGAUACGAUUCUCCAUAUGGAUAGCAAUUGGCUUGGGUAUAUAUUUUCUAUACGGCAUGUGGCACAGUCAUAUUCGGCAAAAAAAAUUGCCGCCGACAUCAACCGAUAACAAUAAAGAUCAUGCCUUUUCUCAUAUUACGUAAUAAAUUAAGACAUAAUAACCUAGCAACGGGUCUGUCUUGUUGCUCGUAUGUACAUCAGCAUAAGUUGCUACGAAAAUUGUAGCAACUAAAUUCCCAUUUAUUGGCAAAACAAAUUGACAUCUUUAUAAUAUGACAACUUUUGGUAGCAACUUGUUAAUAACUUGUUAGCAAUUUUUUAUAUAUAAUUUAUAUAUAUUGAUUCAAAAUUUAUGCUGUCAUUAAGUAUAAUUUGUGAUACUACAUCAAAUGCUGACAACGUGUAACGCAAGGUAUCUUUGCUACCUUGUCGUAAAACUGCUGCCAAUACACAUAUAUCGUUAUUGCAUGUUGUUUCAAUUUCAUAUAUUUAAAAUUCAGGAAUUGAAAGUAAUUCGUUACUUGUAACGCCGUUACCGUUACAGUUACUUUUUUUGGUAACGGAUUACUUUUUUUAGUAACGACGUUACUAAAAAAACGUCCUUUUUUUGAUAACUGUAACAGUAUAACGUAGUUACAUUUUCUCGGUAACAAUAACGAAUUAUACAGUUACUUUUAUCGUUAUUUUUUGUACAUAUAUUGAACUUUUUGUAUUUGUGACAAAAUUUUCGUAUACUCAAUCUUCAGUUUUUAGCUAGUUUGCUCUUAUUUUAAGAUUGUUUUAAAUAAUGUCUUAUAAAAUAUUAAUAUGACUCUGUGAUUGAUUUAUGACAUCUUAAGAAUGCCACAAGUCAAUCAAUAUUAAAUAAAAUUGAUAAGUAAUUUAA